AGCGGUGCCUCCAGAGGCCCCAGCGGGAGCCCGCGGCGAGCGCAGCAGCAGGGCCCGGUACUGCGCCUCGGGGAUCGGCGUCCAGGCUCGGAGCGCGGCACGGAGACGGCGGCAGCGCUGGACUAGGUGGCAGGCGCUGCAUCAUGGAAACUCUUUCUAAUGCAAGUGGUAAUUUUGCCAUACGCCUUUUAAAGAUACUGUGUCAAGAUAACCCUUCGCACAACGUGUUUUGUUCUCCUGUGAGCAUCUCCUCCGCCCUGGCCAUGGUUCUUCUAGGGGCAAAGGGAAACACCGCAACCCAGAUGGCCCAGGCACUGUCUUUAAACACAGAGGAAGACAUUCAUCGGGGUUUCCAGUUGCUUCUCACUGAAGUGAACAAGCCUGGCACACAGUACCUGCUGAGAACGGCCAACAGGCUCUUUGGAGAGAAAACUUGUCAAUUCCUCUCAACGUUUAAGGAAUCCUGUCUUCAAUUCUACCGUGCUGAGCUGAAGGAGCUUUCCUUUAUGAAAGCUGCAGAAGAGUCCAGGAAACACAUCAACACCUGGGUCUCAAAAAAGACCGAAGGUAAAAUUGAAGAGUUGUUGCCGGGUAGCUCAAUUGAUGCAGAAACCAGACUGGUUCUUGUCAAUGCCAUCUACUUCAAAGGAAAGUGGAAUGAAUCGUUUGACGAAACAUACACAAGGGAAAUGCCCUUUAAAAUAAACCAGGAGGAGCAAAGGCCGGUGCAGAUGAUGUAUCAGGAGGCCACGUUUAAGCUCGCCCACCUGGGCGAGGUGCGCGCGCAGCUGCUGGAGCUGCCCUACGCCGGGAAGGAGCUGAGCCUGCUGGUGCUGCUGCCUGAUGACGGCGUGGAGCUCAGCACGGUGGAAAAAAGUCUCACUUUUGAGAAACUCACAGCCUGGACCAAGCCAGACUGUAUGAAGAGUACUGAGGUUGAAGUUCUCCUUCCAAAAUUUAAACUGCAAGAGCAUUAUGACAUGGAAUCUGUGCUUCGGCAUUUGGGAAUUGUUGAUGCCUUCCAACAGGGCAAGGCUGACUUGUCGGCAAUGUCAGUGGAGAGAGAUCUGUGUCUGUCCAAGUUCGUGCACAAGAGUUUUGUGGAGGUGAAUGAAGAAGGCACCGAGGCAGCGGCAGCCUCGAGUUGCUUCGUGGUUGCAGAGUGCUGCAUGGAAUCUGGCCCCAGGUUCUGUGCUGACCACCCUUUCCUUUUCUUCAUCAGGCACAACAGAGCCAACAGCCUUCUGUUCUGUGGCAGGUUCUCAUCUCCAUAAAGGGUGCACUUACUGUGCACUCGGCCAUUUCCCUCUUGCUGUGUCCCCAGAUCCCCACUACAGCUCCAAGAGGAUGGGCCUAGAAAGCCAAGUGCAAAGAUGAGGGCAGAUUCCUUACCUGUCUGCCCUCAUGAUUUGCCAGCAUGAGUUCAUGAUGCUCCACACUCAGCUCUUCCAUACUGACCACUCAUUUAUGCUACUUAAUCAGAAUCUUGAGAAAAUAGACCAUAAUGAUUCCCUGUUGUAUUAAAAUUGCAGUCCAAAUCCCAUAGGAUGGCAAGCAAAGUUUUUCUAGAAUUCCACAUGCAAUUCACUCUGGCGACCCUGUGCUUUCCUGAUACCGCGAAUACAUUCUUUAACCUGCUGCCUUAGUGGUAAUAAAUGGUGCUAGAUAUUGCUACUAUUUUAUAGAUUUCCUGGUGCUUAGCCUUUUAAAAAAGGUUUUAAAAUGUACAUUUAUAUUUUAUCUUUUUUUUUUUUUUUUUUUUUGAGACGGAGUCUUGCUCUGUUGCCCAGGCUGGAGUGCAGUGGCGCGAUCUCCGCUCACUGCAAGCUCCGCCUCCCAGGUUCGUGCCAUCCUCCUGCCUCAGCCUCCCGGGUAGCUGGGACUACAGGCACCCGCCACCACACGCAGCUAAUUUUUUGUAUUUUUUAGUAGAGAUGGGGUUUCACCAUGUUAGCCAGGAUGGUCUCGAUCUCCUGACCUCGUGAUCUGCCCACCUCGGUCUCCCAAAGUGCUAGGAUUACAGGCUUGAGCCACUGCCCCCGGCUAUAUUUUAUCUUUUUCUUUGAGAUUUACCAAUCACCAAGCAUGCACCAAACACUGCAUUAGGCACUGAGGUCACAAAGGGGACAGAGCCAUCCUCCUUUGACACCUGGUCUUCAAUUCUGUACCCAACGUAUAUAGCUUUGACAACGACCAGGUUGGACUGUUUAAUGUCUUUCAGCUUACCAUGUAAUCCUCUUGUAGGGAUCACAUCUUUCUUUAUGAUAUUGUAUUUCUCUACCUCUAAGUCUAACAGUAAAAAUUCCAUUCAACCCUUAAAGCUCAUUUCAAAUUCUUCUUUGAGAAGUUUUUCCUUUCUCCGCAACCAGAUGUACAUAUUUGAACUCUCUUUGUACUUGGAGGGCACUUCUUUCAUGGUAGUUCUUUUAUUUUUAUUAAUCUCUGUAUCCUUAGAUAGUCCUCCAACAACCAAGGGUUGGGACUCUGUCUUACAUAUCUGGGUGCCCCUCAUAGUGCAGUAAUAAGUAAGUUGAUUAUAUAUGAGCUAUGUAACUUAUAUUUUUAAUGGUUGGAUAUCACUGAGUUUUUUUUUUUGAGGUAAAAUUCACAUAACAUAAAAUUAACUAUUUUAAAGUGAGUUCAGUGCCACUUAGUAUUGUUAACAAUGUUGUGUAACCACCACCUUUAUUUAAAGUUCCAAAAAAAAUUUUCUCCUCUAAAAGGAAACCCCAUCCCAUUAAGCAGAUACUCUCCAUUCCUUCCUUCCUCCAGCCCCCGGCAACUACCAGUCUGUUUUCUGUCUCUACGGAUUUAUCUAUUCUUGAUAUUUUAUAUAAAUCGAAUUGUAUGAGACCUUUUGUGUCUGGCUUCUUUCACUUAGUACAAGUUUUUGAGAUUUAUUUACAUAGUAGCAUGUAUCAACACGUCAUUUUUAUGGCCAAAUAAAAUUGUAUUAUGUGUUUAUAGCACAA